ACGCAUGCGCGUACGCUGCCUCUCGGGCAGGGCUGAGAGGGGAGGGGGCGGUGGCGGUAGAGGCGGCGUCGUUAUUUCCGUGGUCCGGACGGUGCGUGGCGGCGCGGGUGACCACGGGAGAAGCAUAAUGGUUAUGAAAGCUUCUGUAGAUGAUGAUGAUUCAGGAUGGGAGCUCAGUAUGCCAGAAAAAAUGGAAAAAAGCAAUACAAACUGGGUGGACAUUACCCAAGAUUUUGAAGAAGCUUGUCGAGAAUUAAAGUUGGGAGAACUACUUCAUGAUAAGCUAUUUGGUCUUUUUGAAGCCAUGUCUGCUAUUGAAAUGAUGGAUCCCAAGAUGGAUGCUGGCAUGAUUGGAAACCAAGUUAAUCGAAAAGUUCUCAAUUUUGAACAAGCUAUCAAGGAUGGCACUAUUAAAAUUAAAGAUCUCACCUUGCCUGAACUGAUAGGGAUUAUGGAUACAUGUUUUUGCUGUUUGAUAACAUGGUUAGAAGGCCAUUCAUUGGCACAGACAGUAUUUACAUGCCUUUACAUUCAUAAUCCAGACUUUAUAGAAGAUCCUGCUAUGAAGGCUUUUGCUCUGGGAAUCUUGAAAAUCUGUGACAUUGCAAGGGAAAAAGUAAAUAAAGCUGCUGUUUUUGAAGAGGAAGAUUUUCAGUCAAUGACUUACGGAUUUAAAAUGGCUAACAGUGUGACAGAUCUUCGAGUUACAGGCAUGCUAAAAGAUGUGGAGGAUGACAUGCAAAGAAGAGUAAAGAGUACUCGAAGUCGACAAGGAGAAGAAAGAGAUCCAGAAGUUGAACUAGAACACCAACAAUGUUUAGCAGUAUUCAGCAGAGUGAAAUUUACUCGUGUGUUACUGACAGUGCUUAUAGCCUUUACUAAGAAAGAGACCAGUGCUGUUGCAGAAGCUCAAAAAUUGAUGGUUCAAGCAGCAGAUCUUCUUUCUGCCAUUCAUAAUUCAUUGCAUCAUGGCAUCCAGGCCCAGAAUGAUACUACAAAAGGAGAUCAUCCAAUUAUGAUGGGUUUUGAACCCCUUGUGAACCAGAGGCUACUUCCACCUACCUUCCCUCGAUAUGCAAAAAUAAUUAAAAGGGAAGAAAUGGUCAACUAUUUUGCCAGAUUAAUAGAUAGAAUAAAAACUGUCUGUGAGGUUGUGAAUUUAACAAAUUUACAUUGUAUCCUGGAUUUUUUCUGUGAAUUUAGUGAACAGUCACCAUGUGUUCUUUCAAGAUCUCUGUUACAAACCACUUUCCUGGUGGAUAACAAAAAGGUCUUUGGAACUCAUCUCAUGCAAGACAUGGUGAAAGAUGCACUUCGGUCUUUUGUCAGUCCUCCGGUGCUUUCUCCCAAGUGCUACCUGUAUAAUAAUCACCAGGCCAAGGACUGUAUUGACUCCUUUGUUACUCACUGUGUUCGGCCAUUCUGUAGUCUUAUUCAGAUCCAUGGACAUAACAGGGCUCGACAGAGAGAUAAGCUUGGUCAUAUUCUUGAGGAAUUUGCUACCUUGCAGGAUGAGGCAGAGAAGGUUGAUGCAGCGCUUCACACCAUGCUGUUGAAACAGGAACCCCAAAGGCAACAUUUGGCCUGUUUAGGUACCUGGGUCCUUUACCAUAACCUUCGCAUUAUGAUACAGUAUCUUCUAAGCGGCUUUGAAUUGGAACUCUACAGUAUGCACGAGUACUAUUACAUAUAUUGGUAUCUCUCUGAAUUCCUUUAUGCAUGGUUGAUGUCAACACUGAGUCGUGCCGAUGGCUCUCAAAUGGCAGAGGAGAGGAUAAUGGAAGAGCAGCAGAAAGGCCGUAGUAGUAAAAAAACAAAGAAAAAAAAGAAAGUUCGCCCAUUGAGCCGAGAGAUCACAAUGAGCCAAGCAUAUCAGAACAUGUGUGCUGGAAUGUUUAAAACCAUGGUAGCAUUUGACAUGGAUGGCAAAGUACGUAAACCGAAGUUUGAGCUUGAUAGUGAACAAGUUCGGUAUGAACACAGGUUUGCUCCAUUCAACAGUGUGAUGACCCCACCACCAGUGCACUACUUACAGUUCAAGGAAAUGUCUGACCUCAAUAAAUACAGCCCUCCUCCUCAGUCUCCUGAACUGUAUGUGGCAGCUAGUAAACACUUUCAGCAGGCAAAAAUGAUACUGGAAAAUAUUCCUAACCCGGACCAUGAGGUCAAUAGAAUUUUAAAGGUUGCCAAACCCAACUUUGUGGUUAUGAAGUUAUUGGCAGGAGGACACAAAAAGGAAUCUAAAGUUCCUCCUGAAUUUGAUUUCUCUGCUCAUAAAUAUUUUCCUGUUGUGAAACUUGUUUGAGAGAGACUGGGAAAGUGACCAUAAAAGGGCAGAGUCUACUUUCAGACCCCACUCUUAGAGGGCACAUGUACCAGGCUCCACAUCAUGGGGAGUGAGAUGGAUUUCUUAGAUAACUCAUUAUAAGGAAUACUUUUAGUUUGACAGCCUUAUAUGACGUGAAUGAAAACUGCUGUUUUAAAGUGGUUUAUUAUGUUCCAUGGAAGAAACUGGUCUUAUUGAAUGCAUUGAUGAACGUUAUAUGGUUUUAUUACAGAUUUAAUCACAAAUCAUUUUUUAUGAAUGAUUGAGUGAAAAUAGUGUUUGUAAAGGUUAAUAAAUUUCUUGACAAAAAAAAAAUGCACUGCUGGAGAUGAAAAACAUUAGCUCUUUGUCCAUAUUAAGAACUAAAGAAGGUGUAUGCUCUUUCCAAAAACGUUAUCCAAAAGGAAGUUUCAAAUCAAGGGAUUAAUUAAACACUUGUAUGAGAUUUUGGUAAAAUACCUUUAGAAGGGGUUUUUGGGAGGGCCUCUAAGAUAUAAACAAACUAAAUUACAUGAGAAUUGUGAUUUUAUGUGUCAUGACAUCACAAAUUAUAUAUCUGUAAGAAUAUGGAUGUGUAAAAAAUCCUUUACCUGUUACUUUUGGCACUUUUAAAAGACUAUACAUUAUGUUUGCUGGUGACAUUAUUCAAAAAGGAGGCAGAUAGAAAUGUAUAUAGAUUAAAAUUUAGGUCUAGGUUUAAAUGUGGUGUACUCCUUUUUGUUUUACUUCAUGUUCAGUUUAACCCAUGAAACAUUUUCAUUGGUGGGGGGGGUCUGUUCAGUAUCCUCUGGCUUUGAAAAACUGACUACAUUCCCCUGUGCUUUCAAGUGCCUGGUGCCCGAGGCUCUCCCCUUCCUUUCCUGUUCAUCAUGUCUCACUUUCAUGUUUGUGAUGGCAGCUGUCCAGGCCUCUUGGGCCUUCCUUUUUGUCCUCUGUAGCAGGCAGUACUCUUUCAAAAUGAGUUACUCUGUGGCUUAAAUUGGCUUUGGUGGCUUGACCUAAGGCUAGUGACGGUUUUAUAUUUGGUCUAUGGUUAAAAGGGUUUUCAGCUUCAAAUAUCUUACUCUGAUUUGAUACCUUUCGUAAAAACACAAUAGUGAAACUUUUCUGGAAAUACUUUAAAGCAGCUAACCUUACUGAACUUGCUAAGAAUCUUCUUGUCGCCCCUCUUAGCAGCUAAUGAGGUAGCCUGGCUCUCUUUUCCAAGAGUGAUAAUACUUGUGUUAUUCAGGAACAGCCAUUAGGCAUCCUGAAAUUGUAGAACCCAGAAGUCUUUUUAAAAAAUGUUUUUGUUUUUUUAAGUAGCCUGUACAAUAGAAACUUGAAUUAUGGAGAGAGAAAGAGUAUAUCUGUUGCUGAUUUAGUUACUUGGUUGAGAGUGAAAACACUGUUUCUGGCUGGUAAUUACUGAAUGCUUUAAAUAAAAAAAAGGCAAAGAAAUGGUAGGUAAUAGGCAAGACAAGAAACAAAAGAAUCAAAA